AACUCACACACACACACACACGUUCCCGCAAAAAAACUUCAGACGCGUUCUCUUGCAAGCGCAAGAAAAAAUUUUUAAUUUUAACUGACUAGCUGUAUUUAAGUAUUUUGUUUGAAAAAAUAUUGACUCAAGAGCCGACGCAUAUACAGAAAAUUAUUGAUUUUUUCAACGUCCAAGAUGGCGGACGACGAGCAAUUCAGUUUGUGUUGGAACAACUUCAACACGAAUCUGUCGGCCGGGUUCCACGAGUCGCUAUGUCGGGGCGAUCUGGUGGACGUUUCAUUGGUGGCCGAGGGGCAAAUUGUUAAGGCCCACCGCCUGGUCCUUUCGGUAUGCUCGCCCCUGUUCCGCAAGAUGUUCACCAACAUGCCGCUCAACACCAAUGCCUUCGUGUAUCUGAACAACGUGAGCCAUAUGGCUUUGAAGGACCUUAUCCAGUUUAUGUACUGUGGCGAGGUGAACGUGAAGCAGGAUGCCCUGCCUGCGUUCAUCAGCACAGCAGAGUCGCUGCAAAUCAAGGGGUUGACCGAUAAUGAUCCCGCUCCACCACCACCGCAGGAGCCAACCCCCCCACCAGCAGCACCUAUUGUACAACAACAACCACCACAACCGGUACCGGCCCAGCGCGUUCAGCGCCAACAGCCGCGUACCUCUGCCCGCUACAAGAUCGAGACCGUCGACGACAGCAUGGGCGAUGACAACAAGGGCACCACCCAAAUUGUUAUCCAAACAUCCGCACCGCAAACUAUUGUACAACAGCAGCCACAGCAGCAGCAGCAUAUUCAGACGCAGCAGAUGCAGACAGGAACGACAACGACCGCGACUCUGGUGUCGACAAACAAGCGUACUGCCCAGCGCAGUAGUCUGACUGGGGGCGUAAAGCGCUCCAAGACGACAGCCACCUCCGCCUCUGCCAACGUCAUUGAUGCCCUGGACUCUGCAAACGAGACUGCCACUACGUCGACAACGCAGCUGGUGCCCCAGCAAAUCACCGUGCAGACGGUGUCCGGGGCAGAUAGCAAACUCCACCUCCAGCCGCAGCAGCUCCGCCAGCAGCAACAACAGCAAGAAGAAGCCGAAUACAUUGAUCUCCCCAUGGAGUUGCCGACAAAGGCAGAACCUGAAUACUCUGAGGACCAUGGCGAUGCUGCAGGGGAUGGCGAUACCACUUAUGUCGAGGACGACACAUACGGCGACAUGCGCUACGAUGACAGCUAUUUUACUGAAAAUGAAGAUGCCGGCCCCCAAGCACCAGCCAAUACCAGCGGCAACAGUGCGACAGCGACCACAUCAAAGGCCGUGAUCAAGACGCAGGCAUAUAGCGACUCGUCGUUUGUCGACACCAGCGCGGAUCAAGGCAACACUGAGGCUCAAGAUGUUCAGAUUAAGCUGGAGUCGCCAACGAGAACAACUCCGACACCCACAACGCUGCCUGCUGUGGCUUCUGUUGCCUCCUUGGCCGUCACCUGUCUGGGCGACGACGAGUCCUUCCGCAAGCCAUUCACCCUGCCCAAGAUCCUGGACGGUAAGUUCUAUAGGAACAUACAGCCGAGCCAGAAAACGGCUGGCGCCAUCCAGGCCACCUGCACCGCCUGCUGCGGCCUCAUAUCGGGCACCACCAAGUCUACGGGCAACUUCCUCAGCCACAUCAAGCGGCGGCACAAGGAUCUCCUGUCACUCUGCCAGCAAUAUUGCCAGGCCAAAGUCAAUAAUGUAGUUUGUGGCAGCCAAUGUACGCAAUUGAACUUAGCCACACCACCGCUGGAGCUGGAGCAGCAGCAGUCGCAGCAGCAGCCGCCUUUGGCGCAGAUGCCCACAAAUUUCUCCACCGCAGCAACAGCACAUCUGGGCAUGUCUCUGCCUAUACCAACGCUGCCCAUGCCCAUGUCGCUAGCCAUGACAAAUGUGCAGCCGUCGCAAAUGAUGGCUCUGAUGCAGCAGCACCACCAAAACCAAGGCGCUUUUUAUAUCAACAAGGAGUACUAGCCCCCAGUGGGGCACCUCUGCCUGUUGUUACCGAACUGAGAUGUCGUUGUAGAGUACCUUACGAUAAGUGCAAAUAAUUGUCUAUAAGUCAUGAUAGCUCUAAGAACUUUUAAUAUACAACAUAAAUAUGCA